GAAGCUUGUGAUAGCGCUAGCGGAUACCAACCGGUUCACAUGAAGAGACAAAAGCAAUAUUAAUGGCAUGGCUGAGGCAACAUCAUUCAUACCUACUAGCUCGCAUGACCUCUACAUAUCUAUACCAGCCCUCACCUCAAUGGACUUCCGUGCAUCCCAGGCCAUUUUAUCCUCUGCAUGAACACCCAGCAUCUCUCGCGUAUCCUCAACUACCCUCAUCGCCUCGACCGCCGGCAUUUCAUGACUUGUACACACUCAGCACUCAUAUCAUCCCAGCAGCAUAUCCACGGGUGGUCCCAGAUAUCCCAAUUCCAGAGGCACCCUCUCAAUAUACAGAUAAAGAGGAACGUAAACGCCAUGUCCAACGAUUGGGAGGUGAGAUAGCAGAGAGGCAGGAGCUCUUCGGACGCGGUCAGCUACCAGGCGAACCUAGUCGGAAGGUUCUCUGGAACUGUAUCAAUCGCUACGUGAAGAAUACACACAGCACAGACAACAAAUCAAAGGGCGUCACUUUGCUUCUUGCUCAUGCGAAUGGAUUCCCCAAGGAAAUAUGGGAGACAACUCUGCGGUAUCUGUUCUCCUCUCCUGAAGGACCUCCGAUAGAUGAAGUUUGGUCUUUUGAAGCUGUGCAACACGGCGAUUCUGCGCUCUUGAACGCCAGUAACCUCAGUGGAAUAUACGAAUGGAUGGACAAUGCACGGGAUAUAGCAAAUUUUUUAUUGAACUAUAUCCCUUCCGCAGUUUCCAAUACGGUCCUUUCCACUCAUCUCCCUCGUGUUUCUAAUGAUGUGAGUAAGACGCGCACACGUGAUGGUUUCACGCAUCGCACAUUGGUGGUUGUAGGCCACUCUUUUGGAGGCUGCUCGUCGGUCAUGGCAGCAUUGAAAUUUCCAGCUCUGUUCUCUUCGAUGAUACUCAUAGAUCCCGUUAUCGUUCAGCCAUACCAAUACCGCGGCGACAGUCUUCGUGCAUUCGUGAUCGGUGCUAUUCUAAGACGAGACAGGUGGCCAUCUCGUGAGGAGGCAUUGCGGAUGUUUAAAGCAAGCCCCUUUUUUGCCGCCUGGCAUCCUGAUGUUUUGCAGCUUUACGUUGAUUAUGGACUAACGGAUACUCCAGAAGGCGAGGUGAAGCUGAAGAUGUCUGGCAUGCAUGAGGCCCUCUCUUUUGCCAACAACCUGGCCUCUAAUGAAACGUGGGAGCUGCUUGAGAAUCUAGAUAAGAAAAUUGAGCUGAGAUGGAUUGUUCCCGGAAAACCAAAGGAUAAGGGCAUUCAAGGUGAAGAAGCGACAAGAAUCAGGGUGUGGCGAAGACCUGAAAACUCGUCGAAUAUUGUGAUACAUUCUGCAGGACACCUUGUCGUACAGGAAUCACCACAGGAGCUAGCACAAAACAUUUCAGAUUUUUUGAAACGGAAGUAUAAAGCUACUGGUAUGAAGGCUCAGCUGUGAUGUUAAGUAGUACAGGGUUCAUGGUGGACGUCGUUAGAAACACAGCCGCGUAUAAUACACGUCGUCUUGUGAGAAAGCGGGGGAGGGGCUACCCCGGCCCGAAAAUGUAUGUGUAUGAAGACCCCCAAAACCGCGAGAAUACCAUUCUUUGUUUAAAUCGCUCG